GUCUGUUUUUCCAAUGUUAAUUAUAUGUUGCAGAACUGAGUGAACCCUUAACAAUGUUAUAAUUUCUAGGAAAUGAUGAUUGUGAAAGUUAGAAACAAUCAAGUCAUCUAGAAAAAUUAGAAAUCUCAAAUAAAAGUGAUAAGAAAGAGAAUUCAAACAAAAGUAGGCUUUAGCUGUAAUAAUCUAGUUUAUAGUACAAAGAGAUAAAAAGUAAAAUCCUUAUGGAGCAAAUUGGGCGAAUAAGGUAUUAGAAAAGCAAUUUGGUGUUCAUUUAUAGUAAAUUACAUAAAGAACAGGUCCUAAAUGGAUUAUAAAAAAAUUAAAGCCUGUUGAAACAUAUAAUUAAAAAGAAUUCGAGCAUCCACGUUUAGUGAAAGUACAUCAGGCAUUUACAUGACUUUAGGAUUUGAUAUCUCAGGAGAAGAAAAUUAGAUAAGCAGCCUCAUAAUCUUAAAGAAAGAGAAUCGAUAAAAAUAUUUAAGAUUAAAAGUAAUCAUUUAAUGGGAAUCCUAUAUUUGAUCCAAAUUUCUAAAACAAAUUGCAAUAGCACAAUUUAUGA